GAUGACUGUCACGUCGAAAAAGGAGGAGGAAGAAGAAGAGGAGGAAACUGGAUAUCUGGGCCCGGUUUCCCAAACGCAUCUUAAGGCAUCCAAUGGUUCUAAUGAUGAACUUAGCAGUAAGAUGGUUUUGAGAAACCGUUCCCUGAUUAACACUAGAGAGAGACAUGACAAACGUGGAUCCUCUGGGGAGCCUCAACAACAUCAUGAAGCUAACGAGGCAGACAAGAACCUCUCCACAUCAGAACAUCUCAAGCGGAAACCCACAGGGAAGAAAUCUCUCCACUGCUCUGACGGUGGGAAGAGUUACUCAAUAUCAGGUUCACUGAAAGUGCACCAGAGAUUUCACACAGAAGAGACAUCUCACUGCUGCUCUGACUGUUGGAAGAGAUUCACCUCUUCAGCAGAGCUCAAAAGACAUCAGAGAAUCCAUACGGGAGAGAAACGUAAUAGCUGUGAUCAAUGUGGGAAGAGUUUUAAUGCUCCAAGCAGCCUGAAAACACACCAGAGAACACACACAGGAAAGAAAUCUUAUAGCUGCUCUGACUGUGGGAAGAGUUUCUCAAAAUUAUAUACAUUACAAUCACACCAGAGAAUUCACACUGGAGAGAAACCCCAUAGCUGUGAUCAAUGUGGGAAGAGUUUUACAACAUCUAGUCAUCUGACUAUUCACCAGAGAACACACACAGGAGAGAAACCUUAUAGCUGUGAUCAAUGUGGGAAUACAUUUUCCAAAUUAUAUACAUUACAAUCACACCAGAGAAUUCACACUGGAGAGAAACCUCAUAGCUGUGAUCAAUGUGGGAAGAAUUUUACUACAUCUAGCAAUCUGACUAUUCACCAGAGAACACACACAGGAGAGAAACCUCAUGGCUGUGAUCAAUGUGGGAAGAGUUUUACUACAUCUAGCAUUCUGACUAUUCACCAGAGAACACACACAGGAGAGAAACCUUAUAGCUGUAAUCAAUGUGGGAAGAGUUUUGUUACAUCCAGCAAUCUGACUAUUCACCAGAGAACACACACAGGAGAGAAACCUUAUAGCUGUAAUCAAUGUGGAAAGUGUUUUGCUCAUGCAGGCAACCUGGUAGCACACCUGAGAAUACACACUGGAGAGAAACCUUAUAGCUGUGAUCAAUGUGGGAAGAGUUUUACUUCAUCUAGCCAUCUGACUACACACCUGAGAACACACAGGAGAGAAACCUCAUAGCUGUCAUCAAAUGUUGGAAGAGAUACUCUGAUAAAAGAUCUGUGAUUUAAACAUCAGAAAAUACAUUUAUGAAGGAAUUGUUUCAUGACAUCAAUGAAAUAAUGUCACAAUGUAGAAUGUUUUAACAUUGUAGUAGGAGUGUUCUAAUGAUGUCACAAUGUAGAAUGUUUUAACAUUGUAGUAGGAGUAUUUUAAUGA